CCCCUGUCGAUUCCAUUCACAGAUUCUCUCUGCUUCACGCACAACGCAACGUCGUCUCUCACGAAGCCGCCAGGUAAAUCUAUCACACUUCACAGCCCCCGAAUUCUUCUGUCAAUCUACAGACUCGCUACCGCAUAUGAACCCAUUACUGUGCCUACAUAUCCCACCGCGACGCUCGAUCUGAUUACGGAUCACUCCCGUUCUCCUGGUCCCUGCAGACGAAAUGGCGCUGAACCAACCGAGUCACAAGCAAGGCACGCGAGCCCUCAUGGAUGAAGAUCGGGAGACUCUGCGACCUGGCAAGAGUAUUGGUAUGGGCCUGACCGUUGAUUAUGUCCGUCGAUGGGGUGAGAGUGAUGGGUUUAGGGAAAUAUACCAAAAUUGGAAGGACGCCAUUAUCGAGUCGUUCGGUCUUCAGGCAGUGGGACUCAAACAUAUCCACAAAGGCUUUGAUACUACUAGCGGCAUAUAUGUCACCGAGGCCCACCACCCCAACAAAGACCAGAUGCUGGGCUUCAUUGAAUACUCGGAACGUUCUGGGGUCAUUGAAUUUGCCAAUUUUGGUGCUAUCCUGACUCCUAGCAGCCUUGCGCUAGGCUUUAGCACAAAAGCCAACAAGGACCACUUGGCAGGUGGCCAUGGAGAAGGUUUUAAGCUGGCAACAUUGGUAAUGCUUCGUACCGGAUACGCUGUCAAUAUCGCAGCUUCGGGGUUCUAUUGGAACUUUCGUUGGGGGGGAACUAAUAGAAAACAGUUGUACUGUUGGUUCUCUGAUAUCACAGUUUCUGAGCUUCAGAAUCAGAAGGACGCGUAUCAAAAGAAAGUCGACAGGAAUUUGCCAAGAGAACGAAAGGCGAACAUAUGGGAAGAUGUGAGCGUCAAGAUUGGCAAUGUCCACGGAAAGUCGGAGAAAAUCAAGAAGGAAGACUUUCUUGAAUGGAAGAAGGUGUCAAUCGACCUUGACUCUCCUUCACGGAUGAUUAAGACAUACUGUGGUAGUCUGAUCUUAGACGAGAGUUUUAAAAACAAGAUUUUCCUAAAAGGCCUUCUCCUCCCACGCAAGGACAACGAGGGGGCUUUGUUUAAGUUUGGUUACGACUUUUUGACAGGAAAGAUCAAUCGAGACCGUGAAAGGCUAGGAAGCGCGUGGCAAGAGGCUCAUCUUCUAGCAAGAAUCUGGGACUUCGCAAUUGAGACGGAGCAAGAAAUCCUCCCUAAAUACAUUGAGAUGUUGCAAGACAUUCAUUAUGCGUGGGCCGACGUCUCUCUUGCAAAAGAACACAUUCCGAGACGAACGGCGUUAAGGAUAUGGCAAUUUUACCUUGACCAAGACCCUGAGCGCAAGUGUUUCUAUUAUGGGGGGAAUGAUUCUGAUAUCGAUAUCGAAAUCAUUCAGAAGAGCCUGAAAAAGGAGCCUGUACGGCUAGCAGAUCCUGUGUGGGCCCCACUCAGAAAAUAUAGGCUUGUUCACACUCCUCAGGAACAGCAAGACCACUUGUUGAAAAACGCCCCAGAUUACGUCAAAGAGGAUAGUGUCUAUGCCGCCCAAGUCAAAAGAUCCUUAAGGGCCAUGUUAGAUCUUGAUCCGGGAACAAGUGGACUAACGUUAAGGUUCAAAUGUGGAACCGAAGAAGGACUUGAUUUGCUCCUAGACGAGUCAGACCUCCUCAUCCACGAGAAGUGGCUUGAUUUCCGUUCAAGCCACAGAAGCACACCCUGUUCUCUUUUUACGUCGGCUACUAAGAAGGGCAUCAACGUUGAGAGCUUCUCCUGCAACCAUGUUGUCACGCACCUCUAUGACCUGCUUCUCACAGAACUAAAGAAAGGCAGUGGGCGUAGGGUGGACUCAAAAUCACAGUCUUUGACAAGGCCAGAGGAUUCUUUGCGUGUGACAGUCCGGGAGAACCUUGAUCAGAUGCCACGCUUGGUCAAAGUCUCAACAGCUGAGCCAGGGGAACUUAAAGUGACGUGGACAGAUUUAGAUGGGGACAGGGUUUCUAGACUCUAUGGCUUAGAGCCACAAUUCGGAGUAGUCCUACAUCUUCAGUCAACAUGUUCGGAGAAGAGACAUGAGCUUUUGCGAUGUGAUGGUCUAUCUGACGAUAUACUAUUCUCGAAUGUGGAUUCGGAUUCUCCUAGAGAGGUCCGCCAGUUCGUCUCGGGAUGUGGCUGCCCGGAACAGCUCGUGCCACGCAAAGAUUCUAACGUAACAUUUCGGAACUUGGACCAUCGAGCAGAAUAUUUCCCCAUGGUGGCUCGUACGACCCCUCAGGCGUUCUUUGGCUGCCCUCCACCAGCCGUACGCCCGAGAUCUCCUACUAGUAUCUCCGCAGAGCGAAGUCUUAAUUUGCCCACCCGUCCAUCACCUGCGACGAUAAAGCAUGAGGAAUAUGUCAGUCGCGUUUUGAAUGACCCACACGACGACCUAUAUGACGAUUCUAGCCCCAUCGCUGCUAGUGGAAAUGAAGGCGCUCCUACUGGGGACAGUGAUGGGGACAGUGAUGGGGACAGUGAUGGGGACAGUGAUGGGGACAGUGAUGGGGACAGUGAUGGUGACGAUGACUAUACUGACCGCAGUGACGAUGACGGUGGUGCCACUGACAUGGACAUUGAAAUGGACACUCGUGUCCCUCAAAAUCGUCUACCCAGGGAGGGAAGGGAUGUUGCUAAUAGGAACAACAUCUCUGUCACAGAAGAGACUCGACGGGAUCUGUCCCGGCUACAGGCAGAAAAUGAAGCCCAACGACAGCAACUCCAGACCAUGGAGCAGCGACUCCGAGAUGCACUGGCCAAUAUCGAAGCCAAUCGUCAGCAGUUUGAACAGCAGUUGCAAGAAGCUAAUGGCAGAAACCAAGCGCUAUCAGCCCAUCUGCAGAAAACACAAGAGGCGUUGACAACGAUCCGUAGGGCACUCGAUAUCACCCCAAGGUCUGAAGCUGCUCCUGAAUACGGUGAUGGCUCUGCUCUUGCACCCGCUGGCGGCUCUAGUUCAAGAGCUAGACCCGCUCCCAGUGUUGUGAAGCGAGAGAGGAUGAGUGAGGGGCAGAUCAAUACUUCGGCUCUCUCACGUUCUUCUAAGCGUGUUAAAGAGGAGUUGCCUGACGAAAAGGAAAGGAUAUCGACGAAUUCUGAUGAGAUAAUUGAGCUUAGUGACUGAGCGGGAAUAUUGAUGGCCUAGAUUUUGCUGUGCUUAUUUAGCGGGAGUUGGCAGGCGUAUGGGUAUAUUUCACGAAGGUACGAAGAUACGAAGGUACGAAGAUACGAAGUUACGAAGAUACGAUGUUACGAAGGUACGAUUCUGCCCAUGGCAGGAUGCUAUUGGGGGAUUCAGGCAUUAUUGUGGAAAGGGGACGGCAAGGAUUGAAACCGAGGAGCGUGACUGUCUCGAUGUUACGAAGAUUAAUAGAGAUGCCAAGAAAUUACCAAGUCCAAACUUGGUGUUAAUCCAGGAACUAAUCUAACUGUCACAUACAACCCUU